AUGAGGCUCUCAUCAGCCAGGACAGCACUCAUCUUCCUUCUAAUUCAAGGAGCAUCAAGAGCCUGCACAGUGAAGAAACUGGGCAGCAGCACAGGAAGAUUUGCCAACGCCACGUUAGUGCGCCUAUCUGAGUUUUUGAGUGCGGGAUAUAAGAAGGGAGUGAGACCAGUGAAAGACUGGAGGACGUCCACCAUAGUGGCCAUAGACCUCAUGGUUUACUCCAUCCUCAAUGUGGAUGAGAAGAACCAGGUUUUGACAACAUAUGUGUGGUACAGACAGUCAUGGACGGAUGAAUUCCUGGUGUGGAACCCAGAAGACUUUGAUGAAGUCAAACAAGUUUCUUUACCUACCAAUAACGUGUGGGUGCCUGACAUCCUCAUCAAUGAGUUUGUAGAUGUGGGGAAGUCUCCAGACAUACCUUAUGUCUAUGUGACACAUGAUGGACUGGUGCGCAACUACAAACCUAUCCAGGUGGUCACAGCCUGCACUCUCAACAUCUACAACUUCCCAUUUGAUGUCCAGAAAUGCAGUCUUACCUUCCAGAGCUGGCUACAUACCAUUGAUGACAUCAACAUCACCCUGAUGCGAAGCCCUGAGGAGCUAAGGGAGGACAAGAGUGUCUUCAUGAACCAAGGAGAGUGGGAGCUGCUUCAUAUACUGUCCAACUACAAGAUCUUCAGUGUGGACAAUGAUGACUAUUAUGCUGAGAUGAAGUUCCAUGUGGUGAUCCGACGGCGGCCGUUGUUCUACACUGUGAACCUGCUGCUGCCCAGUAUCUUCUUGAUGGUGAUGGACAUUGUGGGUUUCUAUCUGCCACCAGACAGUGGAGAGAGGGUUUCCUUCAAGAUCACGUUGCUGCUGGGCUACUCUGUCUUCCUCAUCAUUGUAUCUGACACUCUGCCUGCCACCGCCAUAGGAACCCCGCUGAUAGGUGUGUACUUUGUGGUUUGCAUGGCCCUGCUGGUGAUCAGCCUGACGGAAACCGUGCUGAUUGUGCGUCUGGUCCACAAGCAGGAUCUGCAGCCCCCUGUGCCCCACUGGGUGAAGUACUUGGUGUUGGAAAGAGCUCCAGUCCUCUUCUGCAUCCACAAGAAGCACCGCCUCUGCUCCACACUGUCCUCCCAGGGCGCCGACCUGGAGCACUACAAAGACAACAGCUAUGGGACCGGCCGAAGGCUCAGCCACCAUGACAGAGAAGGCGGGCUGCUCGGACUGGGCCUGCCCCCCUCCAGGGACCACACCCCGCCUGUCAUGGACAACAUCCUGCAGGAAGUGACGGCGAUACGCCACUUCCUGGAGAAGAGGGACAGGUGCCGGGAAGUUGCCAAGGAGUGGCUGCAGGUCGGCUACGUGCUGGACGUGCUGCUCUUCAGAGUUUACCUGGUGGCUGUGGUGGCCUACAGCAUCACACUGGGCACGCUGUGGUCAGUGUGGCAGGUCGCCUGA